UGGUAACGUGUCUUAAGGAGGAUUUGGUCAAUCAGAGUUUCAGACACUCCGAGCCGCCGUGUUAAUAUGCUAACAUGCUAACCCGGGAAUAUUUACCAGUUAAAAAUCGUGAAAGUAAACAGCGGAAACGGUAGAAAAGAACCCGCCGUGAGCGGAGAGCAGCCGCGGAGACUGAUGGGAAACUGAGGAGGAACUUUUUAACUUUUCAACAGUUUUCGCUCGGCUGCCAGCUAGCUCUGCUGCUAACCUGCUAACGGCUAACCGAGCCGCUAGCAGUUUAAAAAGUUUCCGAAACUGCUGGAGGUGUGAACCGGUUUGGACGGAGCCAGAGUCCGGGGAUUAGACGGAGCCAUGACGGUGGAGGGAGUGCGGCACUCCCCGAUCCUGUCCGCCCUGUUCAGGGGGGCAGAGGACCCGGAGCUGCUGGGAGCCGCAGACUUUAUCAAAGAACGUCUGUACUUCGCCACGUUACGCAGCAAACCCAAAAGCACGGCCAACACGCACUACUUCUGCACCGACGACGAGUUCGUCUACGAAAAUUUCUAUGCAGACUUCGGUCCUCUGAACUUGGCCAUGUUGUACCGAUACUGCUGCAAACUCAACAAGAAGCUGAAGUCGUUCACUCUGACCAGGAAACGGAUCGUACACUACACCAGCUUCGACCAGAAGAAGAGAUCCAACGCCGCCGUGCUGAUCGGAGGAUAUGCUGUGAUCUACCUGAAGAAAACUCCAGAAGAAGCUUAUAGAGCUCUGAUCUCUGGCUCCAACGCCUCCUACCUGCCCUUCAGGGAUGCGUCCUUUGGGAAUUGCACCUACAACCUCACCGUGCUGGACUGUCUGCAGGGCAUCAGAAAGGCUCUGCAGCACGGCUUCUUCAACUUCGAGACCUUCGACGUGGACGAGUACGAACACUACGAGCGGGUGGAGAACGGAGACCUGAACUGGAUCGUCCCGGGGAAGUUCCUGGCCUUCAGCGGACCUCAUCCUAAAACUAAGAUAGAGAACGGUUACCCUCUCCACGCCCCCGAGGCGUACUUCCCGUACUUUAGGAAACACAACGUGACCACCGUCAUCCGUCUCAACAAGAAGAUCUACGACUCCAAACGCUUCACCGACGCCGGCUUCGACCACUACGACCUCUUCUUCUUAGACGGCAGCACGCCCAGUGACAUCAUCACACGCCGCUUCCUGCACGUCUGUGAGAGCACCGACGGAGCCGUGGCCGUCCACUGCAAGGCCGGUCUCGGCAGGACGGGCUCUCUGAUAGGCUGUUACCUGAUGAAACAUUACCGCUUCACGGCAGGUGAGGCCAUCGCCUGGAUCAGGAUCUGCAGACCGGGCUCUGUGAUUGGACCGCAGCAGCACUUCCUGGAAGAGAAGCGGGCGUCGCUGUGGUUGCUAGGAGACAGUCAGCGUUCCCAGAAGGCCAAGCUGGAGGAGAGGGCGGCGUCCCGCCUCAUCACCAGCAUGGACGACCUCACCUUAAACCCCGCCCACAACUUCACAAACCCCGCCCACAACAGCAACAUCAACAGAACCUUGAGCUCCGACCAUCUGCAGGAGAGCGAGGCAGCAGACAGCGGACUGGCUCUGACUCAAGGAGACAAACUGAGAGCCUUAAAGAGCCGACGGCCCCCCAGACCAGCCACCACCGGAGCUCUCAGAGUCGAGGAGAUGAAGAUGCACAGCAGGUCGGCGUCUCAGCCGCUCAGGUUGUCGAUGGGGGUCGGUCAGGGACCCGCCUCCCCCCUCAAGUCCUCCAAGUUCCCAGCAUCCUCUGCUUCUGCUGCAGCCAAGAGGAUCGGAAGAAGUCCGUCGUCAUCGGCGUCCAACGUGAGGAGCUCCGCCCUCAGCUCCCGAUUGGCCAGCUCUCUCAGUGACCUGUACGCCACUGAUGUGGAGGAGGACCGGAAGACUCCGUACGCCUCUCUUCCUCCCUCCUCCUCUUCCUCCUCCUCUUCUGUGUCCCUCAGCCCCGCCCCCUCCCCUCUGGCCCCGCCCUCAUUGUGUCGCUAUGGUAACAUCCCUCGCAGCAUGCAGCACGAGGUCAACAACAACAGCGGUCCAUACGCCGGCUCCGCGGCGGUCCUCGGCCGGCCGGGGCCUCAGGACUUCAGCCCGUAUCGGGGCCCCGGGUCCUACAGCGCUCUGAAGGGCCCGUCAGGACGCUACCUGAGCCGCUCCAUACCUUCUCUUCAGUCCGACUACAUCCAGUACUAGAACUACAGACCGGCCCUGAACACACACGCGGAGCCUACGUUACCCACAAUCCCCUCUGCGUCGGACGCUGGAAGGGAAGCUAACGAGCAGCGUCGCUCUUCACUGUCUGUAAAUAAUCACGUCGUGUGUUUGAAGAAGAUUUAUUUAGAUAAAGAUUUUAUAUUUCUUA